CGAGGAGUCGGUCGCGUCCGCGUCCAGCGCGGGGGAGGUCGGAGACGCCCACCGCGAGGGCCGGCCGAGGCGCUCGUCGCUGCGCGCCCACCUCGGCUUCGAGCUCCCCCCCGCCGAGCCCCGCGAGGCCGCGGCCGAGGAGGCCGGCGGGGCCGAGGAGGGGGCGCCGGAGAGGCACGGCGGCGGCAGCGGGCCCUCGAAGUGGCUGGGCGGCUGGCUGGCUGGUCUAAUGGCGGGCCGGCUCGUCGGCGGGCGCGCGAACGCGCUGGACGUGGGCGACAAGCUGGCGUGCAGCUCGGCGGCCCGGUCAGGCGGCGCCUCGGUGGACUCCAUCGUGGACCUGGUGGAGGCGGAGAGGGAGCUGUGGGCCGAGGAGAGGCUGGCCCUGGAGGCCCGGCUCGAGGAGCUCCGGGAGCAGCAGAAGCUGCGGCUGGCCCAGGAGGGCGGGGGCGCCGGGGCAGACCCCGAGAAGGAGUCCCUGAGGAAGCGGGUCCAGGAGCUGCGCGGUGCCAUCAAGGAGGGGCCCGCAGCCGCUUCGGCGCCUGGGUCUGCGAGAGGCACAUGCAGGAGAGCGACGAUGAGGACGACGACGGUGGGCCGAUGCGGAACUCGGACAAGGACGCCCUGCGCGAGCAGCUGAUGAGACUUGAGAAGGACAUCAAGGACCCCACCGGCGGCGCCUCCCGAGGCGUAGCGCGCGGUCGCCGCGCUCGGGGGCGGCCGUGGCCGCCGCGUGCUGGCGG